UGUAAGCAUGAUCAAUAAAAGUCUUGGGAAUCCUUUUUCUCUAUGUUUUGUUUAUGCAAUGAGAGCGGAGUACUGCUGAUAACGAAAUGGUGAUAUCUGUGUUAUAUCUUUACGCGAGUUGGAUGUCCGUUAAUUUACAGGGAUUCAUCCUGUUGUUAAAUGCAGUAACGACUUGACUUUUUCCUGUAACUUCACUUUCGAUCUUUGCGUUUAAAUGAAUUGUAAAAAGAACUAUUUGUUAAUGGGGUGAUGAGAUUUGGUUCUUCUUUAUACAAAUCUCGGGGUUGGAUAGUAUGGGGAUUGUGGAAAGGUGAAUUCUCAAAGGAGAUUAGAUUAUAAGAAAGGAAUUUGGAAGCAUGGAUUACGAUUAGCCUUUUCCAAAAGAAGCUUCCCCUCUUCAAGCUUUUCCAUUUCCCUAGAGAUACCUCCCCUAUCUCCUACUCUUUGCUAAAGCCUGUCCUCUGUUUCCUUGCACCUCCCUGUAAAGAAACUGAAUAGCCCUUUCAUGAUGCAUACACAAAUAUAAAAGAAGAGGAGGAAGAAGAAGAAUAGGCCAUAAAUGAAAGACUUGAUCACCAUGGCAAACGCGAGCACGAGCUGGAUCGUCGACAUCCAGAACAAACUCAAAGAUGUCGACACCUCGACAGAGAUCGCCCAGUGGAGGAAACACUCGAUCUACCAAGUCCCCUGGUGUGUCAAAGAGCUCAACCCUAAAGCCUACAAGCCUCAGAUCGUCUCCUUCGGGCCCUACCACCACGGCGACGACCAGCUAAAGCCAAUGGAGGUCCACAAGCACCGAGCCCUCCUUCACUUCCUUAAGAGAGUUCAAAAACACUUGGAAGAGUUUAUGAGUGCACUUGAGGACAUUGCGGAUGUGCUUAUGGACUCGUAUCAGAGUCUCGAUGAGAGGUGGAGGAGAGGGAGGGAGGAGUUUUUGAGUAUGAUGCUCGUUGAUGCGUGUUUCUUGCUUGAGGUGCUGAGACUUUCGACAGGUGGUGGGAGAGCGAGCGAUUAUGCGUUCAAUGAUCCGAUAUUUAGCAAUCAUGGGAUGCUGUAUACUGUGCCAUAUAUAAAGAGGGAUAUGUUGAGGAUUGAGAAUCAGUUACCGUUGCUCGUUCUGGAGAAGCUGGUUGCUGUGGAGACUGGUCAAGCUCCUAAUGACGACCUCAUCAACAAGCUAGUCCUUAAAUUUAGCGCCCCCGCCAUCGAGCUCAACGAGGCCGGCAUCCGCCUCAAGAAGAGCAAAACCAACAGCCUCCACGACAUCAGCUUCAAGCACGGCGUCCUGAGCCUGCCCGUGGUGAUGGUCGACGACGCCACCGAGUACAUACUGCUCAACCUCAUGGCCUUCGAGCGCCUCCACGUGGGCGCCGGCAACGAGGUAACGUCCUACGUCUUCUUCAUGGACAACAUGGUCGACUCCGCCAAGGACGUAGCCCACCUGGCGUCGAGAGGGAUCAUACACAACGCCGUCGGGAGCGACAAGGCCGUGGCCAAGCUGUUCAACAGCCUGUCCAAGGACGUGUCCCUGGACCCGGAGAGCAGCCUCGACGACAUCCACCGGAGGGUGAACGACUACUGCCAGAAGGACGUCAACAGGUGGCGGGCUAACUUGAUCCACACUUAUUUCAGAAGCCCGUGGUCCCUGCUGUCCCUGGCGGCCGCCAUAUUUUUGCUCGCGCUCUCGGUGGCCCAGACCGCGUAUUCGGUGCUGCAGUACUACGAGUCCCCGAGCGCUCCUUCGCCGUCGUCUUGAGAAAUGGGCUCCGUUGGUUUUGAAUUGUUUGGGCUUUCGAGAAAAAGUUGCUUGUUUGUUCUUUUUUAAUUAUGCUGUGCGGUUUUCGAGCGUGCAUACUUUUUCGCUUUCGUUCGAUUGUUUGGUUUGUAGUACUGUUGCUACUAGCUAGCUUGAAGUUUGCGUGAAAGAUGCCGGAUGAAUGAUCUUCCCUUUUAUUCUUUGUGGUUUUAUUAUUUUUUUUAUGUUAGUAAUACGUGUUUGUAACUGAUUUGGUUAUUGUUCAAUUUGAAGAAAUAAGAAGAUUUUUUUUAAUUUUUA